AUGGCUUCUGACACCCCCAAGGAUUUGCCCGUCCGGGCUGCUGACGAGGCUCAGGGCACUUCUCAAUCCGCCGCUGCCCCGCCAAACAACGCCAAAGCGAAGAGCGCCCCUCCUGCCGAUGCCCUCCCUCAGUGGCUGAUCGAGCGUAACGAGCUCUUCGAGGAGCUUUGGCAACAACAUCUCGAGGAGACCAAGAACCGCCCUCACCCCGAAAUCAACGUUACCCUCGAUAUCGGCGACGGCAACCCCUCCUCCGUCCCCGCCAAAGCCUACGAGACCACCCCCGCAUCUUUCUUGCGAGAUGUUCCCAAGGAUGUGAGCGCCGAUGUGGUUAUUGCUAAAGUCAAUGGAGAGCUCUGGGAUCUGAACCGCCCUCUGGAGGGCGACUGCAAGGUUCUUCUGCUUCCUUUCAGCAACCCCGAGGCCCGUGAUGUAUUCUGGCACUCCAGUGCCCACGCCCUCGGCGAGGCAUGCGAGUGCGAAUUCGGCUGUCUCUUGUCCCACGGCCCCCCUACUCCUCAGGGGUUCUUCUACGACAUGGCCAUGCCUGAUGGACGUGUCGUCCACGAGGCUGACUGGAAGCCCCUUGAUAAUCGGGCUACAAAAAUUUUCAAGGAGAGACAGAGUUUUGACAGACUCUUAGUCUCACGAGAAAACCUCCGAAAGAUGUUCUCGUACAGCAAAUACAAGCUGUACUACAUCGACAAACUCGUGGCAGGCGAAAGUGCUACAGUCUAUCGGUGCGGUACGUUGGUUGAUCUGUGCCGUGGUCCUCACAUCCAGAACACUGGCAAGAUCAAGACUUUCAAGAUCAUGCAGAACUCCUCUGCCUACUUCCUCGGUGACCAGUCCAACGACUCCCUGCAGCGUAUCCGUGGUGUCGCUUUCCCAGACAAGCUUGGGAUGAAACAGCAUAUCGAAUUCCUCGAAGAAGCGGAACGCAGAAACCACCAAAGAAUUGGUAAGGAGCAGGAGCUGUUCUUCUUCGACGAGGUUUCCCCUGGUUGCCCCUUCUUGCUUCCCGCCGGAACCAAGAUUUUCAACGCCCUCCAAUCUCUUCUCCGCAGCGAGUACCGCAAGCGCGGAUACCAAGAGGUCCAAACCCCCAACAUGUAUGAUGUUGGUCUUUGGAAGCAAUCUGGUCACUGGGCUCACUACAAGGACGAUAUGUUCAAGUUGGAUGUUGAGAAGCGUGAGUGGGCUCUCAAGCCUAUGAACUGCCCGGCACAUUUUGUCCUGUUCGGUCACCGUGAGCGUAGUUACCGCGAGUUGCCCAUGAGAAUUGCAGAUUUUGGUGUUCUGCACCGUAAUGAGGCCUCCGGUGCUCUGAGCGGUCUGACCCGUGUGCGCAAGUUCCAGCAGGAUGACACCCACAUUUUCUGCACCCAGGACCAGAUCAUGUCCGAGAUUGAGGGUCUCUUUGACUUCCUGCAGUCAAUCUACGGCCUAUUCGGCUUCAGUUUUAAACUCAAGCUCUCUACACGCCCAGAAAAAUUCCUCGGAGAAUUAGAAACGUGGAACGAGGCCGAGGAACAACUGAAGAAGGCCAUGACUAAGUUCAAGGGCGAUGACUGGGCCAUCGAUGAGGGUGACGGUGCCUUCUACGGUCCCAAGAUUGAUAUCACCAUUGCCGACGCUCUUAAGCGCGAAUUCCAGUGUGCCACCAUCCAGCUGGAUUACCAGGCUCCAAUCAAUUUCCAGCUGGAGUAUAUGUCCCAUGAAAGCGCGGCCAAGCCAGCGAAGGCCGACCAGGCCGAGAAGACCAAGAAGACCGAGAAGACCGAGAAGACUGAAAAGACUGAGGAGAAGACUGGGCAGACCGAGGAGAAGAAGGCGGCCAAGCCCAUCGAACCCGGCUCUGGCCGUGCUCGCCCCGUUGUCAUUCACCGUGCCAUCAUCGGUUCCUUCGAGCGUUUCCUUGGUAUCCUGAUUGAACACUUCGGCGGCAAAUGGCCCUUCUGGAUCAGCCCUCGCCAGAUCCUAAUCGUGCCGGUCAUGCCGGCUGUCAACGACUACGUUGAGGAGUUGCAGCAGAUCCUCCAAGGUGACAAGCUGAACGUCGACAUCGAUAUCAGCGGCAACACAAUGGCAAAGAAGAUACGAAACGGUCAACUCAGCCAAUACAACUUCAUCUUCGUGGUGGGGGCUCAAGAGAAGGAGUCUCGCUCGGUGAAUGUGAGAAAUAGAGAUGACCCAUCCAGCCAAAAGCAUGGCACAAUGGUCCCCCUGGACGAGUUGCGGGUGAAAUUGAAGUCACUUCGCAAAGAACGGAGGUUGGUGAAUGCCCUGUAA